CUUUAAUAAAAGCCUACUUUGUGAUUCUGUAGACAAACAUGUUUAUAGUGCAUUAUUUUCAACGCUUGCUGCUCUUUGUAAUCAGUAAAAUUUGUCAUUAAAAUCAGUGAAUUUGUAAGUUUACAAGAAAAGCUGCUCCCACAUUAGAGUCAAUAGUUUCACAUUUAAAUAGUCCAACUCCUUUGCUUAUGGGCUUUCAAUAUGGUACUUAAUGAUGUACUUUUUGUGUUUCUUCAUUGUUUUUUUGCUUCUAUUUGUCUCGAGACAAAAUCAUGAACUAAUGGCUCUUAUGAGCAGGUUCUUUUAAGUGAAUCAAAUCAAUAAAUCGUGCCGAUUCACGAGCAAACGACUCUAAAUCAUUACUUCAGUGAUUGGUUAUACGGAAUCAAACUUGACUAAUUAAACAGCUUGACAUACUUUCGUGAGGUUCGGCAUAAUAUUCUAAUGGAACCGAGAAGAGGGAGAAUGAUUCAUAGAACGCGCUAACAAAGAGAGCGUGUGACGUCAUAAACUCAGAGCACAGACAGGCCUAUAUUAUCUCGCGCUCGCAAUAUUAACACUUCAGUUCAGUGAAAAUCCGAGUAUAAGCGAAGGUAUUCACCUGAGCAGAGAUUCGCAGUCUGUACAGACAGAGAUUGAGCGUUUAACAGCUCUUCGUCAUGAGUACAACAAGCGUUUCCCCUGUGCUGGAGUCAGUGGAGCUCAACAUUAGCUGUAUAGUGUCAGCAGAUGGCGCUCUGACAGCUAGAGGAAAGACCACCGACCCAUUAGCAAUUCACGAGGAUUCUCCUGAAGCAGCCGCUAUGGAGAACAGCCCGCCAGAAAAGAAAACAAAAAAGAAGAAAGGUUUCUGUGCAUUCUUCAAGAGAACAUGGCAGGCUUUAAAACGCACCACCCUUGAUUGCAGCCGAGGCAAUAAAGUGAGCCCUCUUUGGCCACAGCCUGACACAGAUCCAUCUCACCUCGAGCAAAUGGAUUGCCAAAAUCCAGAUGAUCCUCAGCCUGGUCCAUCUGGAUUCAAAGCAGCCGCUUGCCAAGAUUCUGAGGAUCCCCAGCUGGGAUCAUCCGAUCUCGAGCCAGCUGCUCAUUCAGAUCCAGAAGAUCCUCAGCCUGGUCAAUCUGGACUCGAACCAACCCCUGAUCCUGAGGCAGCUAAAUCCUGUGGAUUCUUCAAGAGAACAUGGCGGGCUUUAGCCCGUUGUUGCAGCCGAGGCAAUAAAGUGAGGCCUCUUUGGCCACAGUCCAACACAGAUCCAUCCCACCUCAAGCAAAUGGAUUACCAAAAUCCAAAUGAUCCUCAAACUGGUCCAUCUCGACUUGAGGCAGCUGCUUGCCAAGAUUCUCGAGAUCCUCCAGAUCCAAAUCAUCCUCAACCUGGUCCAUCUGGACUCAAGGCAGCCGCUUGCCAGGAUUCUGAUGAUACUCCAGAUUCAAAUGAUCCUCAACCUGGUCCAUCUGGACUCAAGGCAGCCACUUGCAAGGAUUCUGAUGAUCCUUCAGAUCCAGAUGAUCCUCAACCUGGUCCAUCUGGACUCAAGGCAGUCGCUUGCCAGGAUUAUGAUGAUCCAGAUGAUCCAGAUGAUCCUCAACCUGGUCCAUCUGGACUCAAGGCAGCCGCUUGCCAGGAUUCUGAUGAUCCUUCAGAUCCAGAUGAACCUCAACCUGGUCCAUCUGGACUCAAGGCAGUCGCUUGCCAGGAUUAUGAUGAUCCAGAUGAUCCAGAUGAUCCUCAACCUGGUCCAUCUGGACUCAAGGCAGCCGCUUGCAAGGAUUCUGAUGAUCCUUCAGAUCCAGAUGAACCUCAACCUGGUCCAUCUGGACUCAAGGCAGCCGUUUGCCAGGAUUCUGAUGAUCCUUCAGAUCCAGAUGAACCUCAACCUGGUCCAUCUGGACUCAAGGCAGUCGCUUGCCAGGAUUCUGAUGAUCCUUCAGAUCCAGAUGAUCCUCAACCUGGUCCAUCUGGACUCAAGGCAGCCGCUUGCAAGGAUUCUGAUGAUCCUUCAGAUCCAGAUGAACCUCAACCUGGUCCAUCUGGACUCAAGGCAGUCGCUUGCCACGAUUCUGAUGAUCCUUCAGAUCCAGAUGAUCCUCAACCUGGUAUAUCUGGACUCAAGGCAGCCGCUUGCCAGGAUUCUGAUGAUCCUUCAGAUCCAGAUGAUCCUCAACCUGGUCUAUCUGGACCCAAGGCAGUCACUUGCCAGGAUUCUGAUGAUCCUUCAGAUCCAGAUGAACCUCAACCUGGUCCAUCUAGACUCAAGGCAGUCGCUUGCCAGGAUUCUGAUGAUCCUUCAGAUCCAGAUGAUCCUCAACCUGGUCCAUCUGGACUUAAACCGACCCCAGACACAGACUUAGCUGAUCUUGAACCAGCAAAAAGACCAUUUUAUCUUCUUUAUGAAGUUGGAGAGAUGCUGGGAUCAGGAGGCUUUGGCAGUGUGUUUAAAGGGACUAGAAUAUGUGAUGACCAGCAGGUUGCCAUCAAAUUCAUUCGUAAGAGGCCGAGUCACCAUUUCAUUCAUAUUCCUGGUUCUUCCAAGCCGCUGUUUUCAGAAGUGGCUCUAAAUCUGCUGAUGCUAAAAGCUCCCAGAAGCCAACACAUUCUACAAAUGUAUCAGUGGUUUGAUGAACCAGAACGGUACAUCCUGAUUUUGGAACAUCCACAUCCCUGCAUGACCUUGCAGGAGUUCAUCUGGCACAACGGAGGUCGCUUAGAUGAAGUUUUAGCAUGUAGCCUAAUGUACCAAGCAGUCCUUGCAGUGAAACACUGUCUGGACCGGGGUGUCUACCAUAAUGACAUCAAGAUAGAUAAUAUCCUAGUCAAUACAGAGACACUGCAGCUCAAAUUGAUAGACUUCGGCUGUGGAUUUCUUCUAUAUUCUGGUUAUGAAGGCAGCCGGUACAGAGGACGACUCCGUCAACGUAAGCCCUAUGCGGACCCUGCAACGGUCUUGUGUCUUGGUGUUAUUUUGUUCAGGAUGGUGAACGGAAUCCAGACUAUUAUCACUGACUUUGAAGAUCUGAAAUUUGCUGUCAACGUGUCCAAAGGUGAGAGAACAGCACUACCAAUAACACACUGACAACAACAUUGUUUAAUGCACACACAAAUCCUGAGCACAAUCAAGAUUUUAGGCAAAAUCAAAUUAAAUGACUAAUUGGUGAAGUUUAAAACACAGCAAACUAUUUUCAUACACUGCAAUGUUUGGGAAUCACAUAGUCCUAAGGCCAUGUGUCCACCAAAGCGUUUUUAGCCAGCUGAAAACGCUAGACGCUCUGCUUAAAACGCCUAUCUGUGAGCGCUUCGGCAGCGCAACG